UAAUUGAUUACAAUUUAGAUCAAUUUUCCAUAAUAAUUCCUUGCAACGAAGAUUUCUGAAAGUUUUUUAUCGUUUUACUUCAAGAAAUUAGCAGUUUUGAAGAUAUUUUACAGUCGGAUAUUCAAAGUAUAUCUCUCUAUUCAUUCCUCAUUCAAAAUGUUAUUCUAUUCAUUCUUCAAAUCUCUCGUUGGUAAAGAAGUAGUCAUCGAGCUGAAAAAUGAUCUCAGUAUGUGCGGAACGUUGAGCUCGGUCGAUCAAUACCUUAACUUGAAGCUGAAAGAAGUCACCGUUAAUGAUGCUGAAAAACAUCCUCAUAUGUUAUCAGUGAGCAAUUGUUUUAUACGAGGAUCUGUCGUAAGAUACGUACAACUUCCCGCCGACGAAGUCGAUACUCAAUUAUUACAAGAUGCAACCAGAAACGAAGCAGAUAAAAAUAUUACUCGAUGAUCUCCUGUGUGCUGGGUUUUGAUACGUGUAUAUAUACUAAAGGUUAAGGUUGUUGAAAGAAUUUUUUUUAUGAUUAAAUCGUACGAGAGAGGUGUU